GCCAUGGCCGCUCCGGGGGCAGCGCGGCCCCGCAAGGCUCUGUCUUCUGGAAGGCUGUCAGGAGCAGCUAAACUAACAGAUGGAAGAAAUCAGUUUGGCUUAAGGAAAGGAUGUCAUUCUGAUGUAGAAUUCUGUUCCACUGAAUCUGACAAUCAGGUUGAUGCUAUUCAUAAUGGACUUGACCGUUGUGCAGCUUUACUGAAGAAUAUCUUACAAAAGGAAGCUACAGGAAGGGAGACUGUCCAUAAACGACCUGGGAAAACAACUACCUUUAAAUUUACUUCCAAGCCUUUGCUAACUAAAGGAAAUAAUUCCAUGAAGAAAGGGUUAAAAAGAAUCAUUACUCCUGCCCCUGUUCAAAAAGAAAUUGUGCCAAUAUCAAAUAGAAAAGUUGCCUCAUCUAUCACACCUUCUACUGAGAAGGAACCUUCCAGUGCAGCACAGAAUCAAAUGGUUCAAUCAAUUCAUGUGCCUUGCAGUGAACACUCUCCUGGGGUGUAUCAGAAUCUGUAUGAGCAUGUGCAAACUCAGAUGUCUCUGAUAACUGGCCAGUCCCCAGAGAAGACUAAUGAAGUUCCUACUGUAACUCCUCCUACCUUAAACCAGGGGUGCCAAAAUGUUACAGCUUUGAAUUAUCAGUUACCUACCUCCUCAUCAGCACUGUCCCUGCAGCAUUCAGCUAAUCCUGUAUCCACUGAGUCAGGUGUUCCUGUAGACGGUGCCAAUGAAUGUGUGCCAGUGAUGGGAGGAUCUGUGGUUUCCCCAGUGGUUUCUGCUGCUGCUGUUGCACAAAUACAGUCUGGAACUGCUCUUACUGGUGUGAUCCCUUGUACAGCACCAGGAGCAUCAACCCCUUCAGUGCCUGCACUGAUGCCAACAUCUUCUGCCAAAGAGAUGGCCCCAAGCCAAGAGCAGCAGGUAAAAGAAGCAGAUUUGAUACGGUGCAUACAAGCCCUGCUACAAUCCCAUGAAAUGCUGAAUGGCAGAACUGAACAGAGGGGCCAUCAUCACUGUCCAGAAAAACAUGAUGGCUCAUGUGACACAGAGGAGGAUACUCCUGAAGAGCACAGUGAGGACACUGUCAGUGAAGAAGAUGAAUUGAGUGUACUUGACAUGUCUCCAGUGAAAGAGACAAGCUGUAAGACAAGUUAUGUGAAGAAGAUUCUAAAAUCUAGAAAAGAAAGUCCAGAAGAAACAGCCCAUAAAGUUAGGACUGUAAAGUAUCUUAUGGGUGAGCUCAGAGCACUGGUAACAGAUCAAGGCGACUCAGAAAUGCUGAGGUUGAUGAGUGAAAUCGAAGGCUCCGUAUCAUUGCUCCCAGCUGUGGUGGGAAGUACGAACAUCCAGGCUGAAAUAGCUCUGGCUUUGCAGCCUCUGCGCAGUGAGAACGCACAGCUGCGCAGGAGACUAAGAAUAUUAAACCAGCAACUUAGGGAACAAGAAAGCAGUGAGAAGACAUCUGGACACAGCUGCAGCUAUGAAUUGAUUUCUUUGCAGUCCUUGAAUAUGAUGCUCCAGAGUCAAUUGAAAGAGUCACAGAAAGGCCUUGAUUCACUGCAGGCUAAAAAUGAAGAACUACUGAAAAUAAUAGAAUGUCAGAAAGAAGAAAAUAAACAUCUUGCAAAAGGUAUUCAAGAUAAAGAAGAAGAAUUGCUAGAGAACAAACAGCAAUAUGACAUUCAUUCCACCAAGCUCAAGAUUGAAGUGGAGGAGACAUUAGGAACUGUGAAGAGCCUUCAGUUUAAGCUGGAAGCUUCGGAGAAAGAAAAUAAGAUUUUGGGCAUAACGUUACGUCAGCGUGAUGCAGAAGUUAAAAGACUGAGGGAAUUAACCAGAGCCUUGCAGGGCAGCAUGGCCAAGCUUCUGUCUGACCUCACAGGGGACAAUGUUAGACCCAAACCUGAAAAAUCUCUCUCAAAGUCUCUUUUGGAAGACCAUGAAAAGCAGAUGGAACCUGAGCUGUUUCCUGGGAGUGCUUCAGUAAUGACUUACCUUAAAACAUUAGAAAUGGAUCAUAUUUUGAUAGAUAAGGAUCUUCAAUUCUCAAAUAAAAUUGGAGAAGUAGAAAUGCACAAUCUGUCCUAUGAAAAGUUUGCUGCUGAAGGAAGUAAAAUUAACAGUACGUUCACAGAGGAAUGGACAUCAGCUCCCAGAGGACCACCAGCUCCAUUGAAGCAAGAUGCAGAAACAGGGAGUGAUUCUGGAACUUUACUAGAUGACCAAACCAAGGUGGAUGAGACAAUUUACAUUCCACUGACUAGCAGUGCCUCUAAGAAACAGCAGCCAGUCUCUGGAAGAAGUGUGCUCUCCCAGAGCAGAGGGGCUUGUCAGAGGCUGGAUUACCACUGUGAGCUCCCAAGCUCUGUGCAGCAGUAUGGAUGUGAGGAUCCAACUCUAUUGGAUAAAUUAAAUGGUGGGCACAGUGUGAAAAAGACUUUGGAAAACACACUUGAAGUUACAGGGGAUAAAGCGAAGCCAGAAGGAGACAAAGUCCAAGUGAGAUCAAGAGGCAUUCCAAGUGUGGCUGCAAAAGAUUUCAUGGAUAAACCAGACCAGCCUCAGCCUGAUACAUACCCUUGUGCAUCUAUGCCAUUUCCAACAGGGAUUUCUGAGAAAACAGGCAGUGAAGCAGUUGAUUUUAGUUGCAUUUCAUUUGAUGAUUUCUCAGGGAGGUCUGACUGGAGUGCCUCUUCCUUCUCAACAUUUACUUCUCGAGAUGAAGAGGACUUUAAAAAUAGCUUAGCAGCCUUGGAUGCCAACAUAGCCAGGUUACAAAGGACUCUACAAAGUAACAUUAGGAAACAAUGAGAUUGAGAAAGCAAAAUGGGCUGCAGCUAUUCGGAUAAAUUAAGUUUUUCUGAAGUAUAUUAAGUAUGGUACUGAUACGUAUAUUUGUAUGUAACAACUUGUUCCUAGCUGUCUCAAUUAUGGAUAGAAUUUUUUCCUCAUUAGGCUGUGAUGCUGUUCCCCUUGAUCUGUACAACUUGAAAUAAUUGGCUUUUUAUAUGAAACAGAAGUGGCUUUUUAAAUUAUGACUUAGUUUUAUAUUCUUUAUGUGCAAAAUUAAAUGUACUUGUUUACUUG